UGAAAUUCUAUAGUAUACGUGACAUAAACUAUGUAUUUUCAGUACUGGCAGUGAAUUUCAUAACUCAGCCACGAUGAAACGGUCUAGCUACUUACAAGAAGUAGAAAAGACCACGACAGAGACAGUCAGUAAACGCGCGUCUAUCGUGCCUGAAAAUGGCGUUAUCUUGUGCGAUUUCUAAUGAAGUACCAGAACAUCCAGUAAUAUCUCUUGUUUCUGGAUCAAUAUUUGAGAGACGUCUUAUUGAGAAAUAUGUUGCUGAAAAUGGAGUGGAUCCAACCAAUGGCAAAGAGCUUACCAUUGAACAGCUAAUGGAUAUAAAAGCAACUCCUAUUGUCAAACCCAAACCACCAAGUGCUACAUCCAUUCCUGCAAUAUUAAAAAUUCUACAAGAUGAAUGGGAUGCUGUUAUGUUACAUUCAUUUACAUUACGGCAGCAACUUCAAACUGCGAGGCAGGAGUUGUCUCAUGCCUUGUAUCAGCAUGAUGCAGCUUGUCGUGUAAUAGCAAGAUUGACUAAAGAAGUUACUGCUGCCAGAGAAGCUUUAGCCACUCUGAAACCUCAAGCUGGAAUUGUUCAAGCUACUACAAUUCCACAGCCUGCUGUAGCAGUGGAAGCUGGUGGCACAGCUGCCCAACCAAUGGAACAGGCAGGCAUCACUGAUGACGUUAUUCAGAAACUUCAAGAGCGAGCAACUGUUCUUACUCAGGAGCGAAAACGACGUGGACGCUCUGUGCCAGAGGAUCUAAUGCCACAAGACAAUAUCCGGUCAUUCCAAACACUUGCAUCUCAUCCUGGACUUCAUUCUGCUAGCGUACCAGGAAUUCUCGCACUUGACAUUCAUGGUGCUGACACUAGCAAGAUUUUAACAGGUGGUGCAGACAAAAAUGCUACUGUAUUUAACAAGGAUACCGAGCAAGUUGUGGCUAUUCUCAAAGGUCAUACAAAGAAGGUUACACGAGUCAUUUAUCAUCCGGAAGAAGAUAUAGUGAUGACAGCGUCUCCUGAUACUACAAUUCGUGUGUGGAACGUCGGUACCAGUCAGACAACAUUGUUAUUGAAAGCUCAUGAUGCCCCAGUAACUGGACUAUCUUUACAUCCAACUGGUGAUUAUUUGCUUAGUUCGUCUCUGGAUCAGCAUUGGGCUUUUUCGGAUAUACGCACUGGCAGAUUAUUAACUAAAGUGGCGGGACAAGUCGGACAGCCGUUGACUACUGCUCAAUUCCAUCCUGACGGUUUGAUUUUCGGCACCGGCACGGCAGAUUCUCAAGUGAAAAUCUGGGAUCUGAAGGAGCAAUCUAACGUGGCGAACUUUCCGGGCCAUACAGGCCCAAUCACAGCCAUUAGUUUCUCUGAGAACGGAUAUUAUUUGGCGACAGCAGCAGAGGAUUCGUGUGUAAAGCUCUGGGAUUUGCGUAAAUUGAAGAACUUUAAAACAUUGCAACUAGAGGAAUCCUACGAAGUGAAAGAUAUUUGCUUUGAUCAAAGUGGAACGUAUCUGGCUGUGGCUGGAACAGACGUGAGGGUGUAUCUCUGCAAGCAAUGGCAAGAAUUGAAGGUGCUAAAUGAUCACACAGCAGCAGCCACAGGUGUUCGUUUUGGCAAACAUGCGCAAUAUAUCGCCUCUACUAGUAUGGACAGGACAUUGAAACUAUACGGGUUGUCGUAAAUUCAUAGGAGGACGUACGGAUUUUGUUAUUUAAUAUUGAAUUAAAUUACUACAUAUAGAUAUGACUAAUGAAUUUUUCAUUUUUUUUUAAUUUGUACGUUCACAGAAUUCGUCGAAAACGCAAAUAUUUUAAAAAAGACUUUGGAAGCCCAAUGCCUAACGCAUCAUUGAAUCGUUGAAUUUUCCCCAAAACUACAUGAUUAUACGGAUAAUUGUGUUUUGGCCGUAUUGUCUAUAAAAUGUGUUAUAUAAAAACCAUUUCUUUCUUCAAACAUUGCCCGCUUUUCUACUUUCACGAGAAGAACGUGCAAGGUUUUCAUGUAUGAAAAACAUGAAAAAUAUUAAAAGAAGACAUACGCAGGGACAGUACCUCAUAUAUUAUGUCAUAUUUUUGGAUACAAUAAAACGGCAUUUACUGUAAAAGAAUUGGAUGAAAAGAUACGAAAACACAUUCUCAAAAUUCAACAAACUCGAUUUUCCGAUGAAGGAAAGAAACGAAAUCACAAAGUGGUAGAAGUGAAUUCGUUAAUCCUAACAGAAAAGUUAAUGCGACAUUUACAAAAUAAAUUUAAGAAAUGAAAGUUUCGUUUUCGAGAAAAUAGAUUAUUGUUAUUGCUAAAGGUCAGAAUUCUUGCCGAGAAUUCAUCGGCAGUACUAAGCAUAUAUGUAAAAAAAAUCAUCAUUCUCUUUGAGCAGUCUUUCAUGACACUUAUUAAGUAUCUUUCAGUUAUUUUCUAAAUUCGAGCCUCAGGAUUCCUAGCUCAAAUGCGCGUUAUAGUU